UUGGACACGACGAUGUACGCAGGCAACAGAGUUAUCGCUGACAAUAACGUCACUGUCCAGCUGAACGUCACACAGGCCGUCGUCUCCGGUUUACUUCAGACAGAAUCGGAGAAUCACCAAGAUUAUGUGAUCAGCUUCAUCCUCUCCGUCCUUUACACCACAUUCCUCUUUCCCGUCGGCUUCAUCGGGAACGUCCUCAUCUUAGUCGUCAACCUGGACAACAGCGGGCACCUGGCAGCCCCAGACCUCUACUUUGUGAACCUUGCCGUGGCCGACCUCAUCCUUGUGGCCGAUUCUCUGAUCGAGGUGUUCAACCUGAAGCGUGGCUACUAUGACAAAGCCGGACUCUGCACCUUCAUGAGCCUGUUCCAGCAGGUCAAUGUGUACAGCAGUGUCUUCUUCUUGACAUGGAUGAGCUUUGACCGCUUUAUCGCACUGACUAGAAACAUUGGACGGAGCAGGCCGCAUGCGCGCCUCAGCUGCAGCCUCAUCUGGGUGUCCUCGUCCUUGCUCGCGCUCCUGCCUUUUGCUUUAGCUCAAGCUCAGCACGCCGGGGAACGCAGCUUCUGCUUUGCCAACGUGACACAGAUUCAGUGGCUCGAGGUGACGAUGGGUUUCCUGCUGCCUUUCUGCGUCCUGCUGGUCUGCUACUGGAGAAUAGCAAGGGUGCUCCUGCGCAGCCAGAGGGAGCGAGAGGGGCGACAGUGGAGGCCCCGCAGGCGGCAGAAAGCCCUGCGGAUGAUCUCGGCAGCUGUUUUGGUUUUCUUCCUCUGCUGGCUGCCGGAGAACGUGUUUGUAAGUGUCCACCUCCUGAGAGGCGACACAAACGGGGAGACGCUGUGGCGGGACUACCCACUGACAGGUCACACCGUCAGGCUGGCAGCCUUCUCAAACAGCUGCCUGAACCCGCUCAUUUACAGCUUCCUUGGAGAGACUUUCCAGCACAAAAUUAAGCUUUUUCUGCAGCAGCGGAGCAAAUGGGUUAAGCUGCUAAGUUCAGGCACAAGCAGGUCCAUGUGUGCGCCGCCUGCAAACAACCGCAGCCAUGCAGCAUGUGACAGACUGUGCCAGUCCACAAAUGCAAUAUCCAACAAACUGUUACACUCCAUUCACAUAAAGGUCAGCAGCAUAUAA